AUGACUUCCCCUAACGGAUAUGGAACACUGGAUGGAACACAAUCGUCUUGGGUUACCACAGCUUCAGGAAAUGAGCAGAGUCCAUUACUUGCGAAAACGAUUAGUUCGCCACGUUCGACUCGCGUUUCCAAGUAUUUGAAGCAGGAAAUUGAUAGACGCCGGGCCGAUCUCGUCCUUCUCUUGUCAUAUGUGAUCACGGGCUUACUGGAUUCCUCCGCUGUCUUCAUAUGGGGUUCAUUCGUGAGCAUGCAAACCGGAAAUACUGUCUACCUCGGGCUUGGUCUGGUUGCUCCAACUGAGGGAACCAGGUGGAUCAGGUCUGGAACCUCGAUCGGGUUCUUCUGCGCGGGCUCGUUCUUCUUCAGUCGAUUUCAUCGAUAUUUCGCCCCAAAGCGUCGAUGGGUACUUCUUGCUUCCUUUUCAGCCCAGUUGGUCUUGGUCACUUCCGCUGCAAUUAUAGUGCACGUCGAUGCGGAGCGAGGAGGCGACCUUCGAUGGGAGGUACUGGUACCGCUUGCCCUCGUGGCAUUCCAAAGCAGUGGACAAGCAGUGACCAGCCGUGCUUUGCAAUAUAGCAGUCUUACUAGUGUGGUCCUCACCAGCAUUUACUGCGACCUCUUCUCCGACCCUUUGAUCAUGGCUGGAUUGACACAGAACGAUGAGAGGAAUCGAAGAGCAGCAGCCCCAGUCCUACUUUUAUUGGGAGCUAUGGUUGGCGGUUUGUGGGCGCAUAGUUCUGUUGGUCUUUCUGGUGCUCUAUGGACUGCCGCAACCAUGAAGAUUAUUAUCAUCCUUGCCUGGUGCUUCUGGAAGGCGGAGCCGGGCUCGGAUAGCAAUGAUGACAACCAGCCCUAG